AAAAGCUGUGAUUACGCAACGUCUUGUUUUGACUGUUAACCGGCUAAACGACUGAAGCAGUUGUCAGCUUUGUAGAUUGAUUCACAUAGAAUGAGGGCUUUAAUAGGUGGAGGAACUGGUUUUGUAGGCCGUCAUUUAACAAAAGCUUUACAAGAAAAUGGUUAUAAAGUAACAAAAGUUUCCAGAAAGACAGGACCAGACACAAUUACCUGGAAAGAUAUAAAUAAAAACGGAAUACCAGAUGAUGUUACAGCUGUAGUGAAUUUAGCUGGAGCUAAUAUACUCAAUCCUCUCAAAAGGUGGAAUCAAGCUUAUAAAGAUGAAGUGGUCAAUAGCAGAGUAGAAACAACAAAAACCUUAGCUAAUGCAAUAGUAUCAUCUAAGAUCCCUCCUAAAGUAUUUGCUACAAUUUCUGGUGUUGCAAUAUACAAACCAAAUCCCACAUUGGAAUACACAGAGGAUAGUGAUGUAGAACCAUACGAUUUCCUGUCACAGUUAGUAGUAGACUGGGAACAGGCAGCCAAAUUACCAGAAUCUCAUAGCUGUAGACAACUUACGGUUAGAUCAGGAGUGGUACUUGGAAGAGAUGGUGGAAUGAUUCAGCAGUUGUAUUUUCCAUUUUAUUUAGGUCUUGGUGGAACCAUUGGUUUACGUGGUGACCAAUGGUUGCCAUGGAUACAUGUCUCAGAUCUAGCUGGAAUUUUCAUGCAUGCAAUAAAUAAUGAUAAUGUUCGUGGUAUACUAAAUGGAACAGCUGAAUCAGCUACAAAUGCAGACUUCACAAAAGCAUUUGCAGGUGCAUUAUGUAGGCCAGCCAUAUUUCCAACACCUGGUUUUGUUAUGAACAUUGUUUUUGGUAGUGAACGUGCUAAAGUUGUAUUAGAAGGACAAAAUGUUAAGCCUAGAAGAACAUUAGAAUCAGGAUAUGAGUAUAAAUAUUAUGAUGUAAAAUCUGCAUGUAAAAAUUGUGUUAGUUGAAGUGCGAAUAAAUUAAAAAUUGUUUUCUA